AUGUCCUCUCCGGCGCAGCGUCGCUCGCAGCGCCCUUCUGCCACCCCGCGGAGGAGCACCAGAAAUUCCCAGAUCCCUUCUAGCCCGGCGCCUGAGGGGCCCGAUGCUCAGCUGCACUCUGAGGCAUCACAAGCCUCGCAGCGUGGAUCCAACGCAACACCUAGGGCGAGCCGUCUCCAGGCGCCCUCGACGCAAUCACCGCUCUUCUUUCGCUCCUCUCCCGGAACGCAGUCGACCUCAGGGGCUCCGAACAAUGCCCCAGAGAGCGAUGGUGGUGCUACGCCCAAAGCGAGCGGAGUAACAAUCGGAGACUCCUCUCCCAUCCGAUACGCCUCCAGCUCCAGCCCUGGCCGUGCUCGCCAUGCCCACAACACAGACAUCCGUAGCAGCAGCAGCGCCCUCUUCGUCCGCGAUCCUGGCAGUACAGCAGCACGAAACCGGCGCAGCGAUAUCCAUUCUGACAUUCUCGGGCCCAGUUCCACCGGCAGGCGCCGCAGGCUGUUUGUCGAUGAGAAUGGCAUGGCUGUGGAAAAUUCCGAUGCACCGACUUUCUCGAACCUGAACCCUGAUACCUCGGAUGCAGAUGUUUUAGGUGGGAACUCAUCGCGAUUCAUUUGGGGUACUAACAUCUCCAUUGCGGAUGCCUUGAGUGCAAUGAAGGAUUUCCUGUUCAACUUUCAGAGGAAAUAUCGCUUGAUCCAUGACGGAGAGCUCGCGGAAGGUGCCAGCUUGCCUGCCGACGACCCAGCGAUGGCCAGGGAGUACAUCGAAAUGAUGAAGGCUAUGCUGGAAAUGGGUGUGACCCCUCUGAACUUGGACGCGCGCAAUUUAAAAGCCUACCCUCCUACCAGGAAGCUAUGGCACCAACUUCAAGCUUUCCCGAGCGAAAUCAUUCCCAUCAUGGAUACGGCUAUCAAGGAUGCCAUGAUCGAACUCGCAGAGAGACGUAUGGCAGAGCUACGGGUGCAAUUGUCUCAGGCUCAACGAGGCCCGGACCGAGGUCAUAAUUCCAGUUCCCUUCCGCCCAUGCUCAGCUCGGAUGCUCCAACACCAGGCGCGCCCUCACCUGCAGCUGCGGCACUGGAUAUUCCGGACCUUGUACGGGAAGUCGAUCAGAAGACAUACCGUGUUCGUCCGUUCGGCCUGGACAAGUCCGUCAACCUGCGAGACCUAAAUCCAGGAGACAUGGACAAGCUUGUGAGCGUCAAGGGUCUGGUAAUCAGAGCUACACCGAUUAUCCCAGAUAUGAAGGAUGCGUUCUUCAAAUGCUCCGUCUGUAACCAUACGGUGAGGGUAGACAUUGACCGUGGCAAGAUCACCGAACCGACUCGGUGCCCCCGUCCAGUAUGCGAGUCAUCCAACUCGAUGCAGAUUGUUCACAACCGCUCAGGUUUCGCAGACAAGCAAGUAAUCAAGCUUCAGGAAACUCCGGACAGUGUGCCAGAUGGCCAAACGCCACAUUCAGUCUCUCUAUGCGUGUACGAUGAGCUUGUCGAUGUUUGCAAGGCUGGUGAUCGUGUUGAGAUCACCGGUGUAUUCAAGAGCGAUCAAGUUCGCAUCAAUCCACGCCAGCGAUCUGUCAAGAACAUCUUCAAGACCUACGUAGACGUGUUGCACAUUCAAAAAGUCGACAAGAGGCGCAUGGGUAUCGAUGUCUCCACGAUCGAAGAAGAGCUUGCCGAACACGUUGCUGGAAGCGCGGAAGAAAGUCGCAAGGUGUCUGAGGAGGAAGAAGCCAAGAUCAGAGCGACUGCAGCGCGGCCAGAUAUUUACGAGCUUCUUUCACGUUCGCUAGCGCCUAGCAUCUACGAGAUGGACGACGUCAAAAAGGGAAUCCUGCUCCAGCUCUUCGGUGGCACCAACAAAUCGUUCGACAAGGGAGGAAGCCCCAAGUACAGAGGUGACAUCAACGUGCUCCUGUGCGGUGAUCCCUCAACAGCCAAAUCACAAAUUCUUCAGUAUGUGCAUCGCAUUGCCCCUCGCGGUGUCUACACGUCCGGUAAAGGUUCAUCUGCUGUCGGUCUGACCGCGUACAUUACCCGCGACCCUGAGACACGACAACUCGUUUUAGAAUCCGGUGCGCUGGUUUUAUCGGACGGUGGCGUCUGCUGCAUUGACGAGUUCGAUAAGAUGUCGGACUCUACGCGAUCCGUACUUCAUGAAGUGAUGGAGCAGCAGACAGUCUCUAUCGCGAAAGCUGGUAUCAUCACGACCCUGAAUGCACGAACUUCCAUUCUAGCUUCAGCCAAUCCUAUUGGCUCAAAGUACAACGUCAACCUACCAGUCCCACAGAACAUCGACCUCCCGCCCACGCUGCUCUCGCGUUUCGAUUUGGUGUACCUUGUGCUCGACCGCAUCGACGAAAUGACCGACCGGAGGCUAGCAAAACAUCUGGUAGGUAUGUACCUGGAAGACACACCUGAGCACGCAAAUAGAAACGAGGUGCUCCCAGUCGAGUUCCUUACGGCAUACAUCUCCUACGCUCGCACAAACAUUCACCCCAAGAUUACCGACGGCGCUCAAAAAAACCUAGUCGACGCCUACGUCGCCAUGCGCGCCCUCGGCGCGGACGUACGCUCCCAAGAACGCCGUAUCACCGCAACUACACGUCAACUUGAGUCGAUGAUCCGUCUCGCCGAGGCACACGCUAAGAUGCGCCUCAGCGAGGAAGUGACCGCGGACGACGUCAACGAGGCGGUUCGCCUCAUCAAGUCUGCGCUCAAGCAAGCCGCUACUGAUGCCCGCACCGGAUUAAUCGACAUGUCUCUCCUCACUGAAGGCACAUCGACCAGCGAUCGGAGAAGGAAGGAGGAUCUCAAGCGCGCAGUACUUGGCUCUAUUGAUGAACUCGGCAGCGCAGGCCAGAACGUGAGGCUGAGCGACUUGGCGAAGAAGGUGAGAGAUGGAGCGACAGAGCAGAUCGAGAACCAGGAGUUCUUAGAGGUCUUGAAGGCUGCUGAAUUGGAGGGAAGUGUGCAGUUGUCGGGCGAGGGGCCGAGGAGAAUGGUCAAGAGGGUUGUGGGCACUUUCUAG